AUGUGUUUAUCAUAUGUUUCUGUUGUGGAAUCUGAAAAGCCUAUGGAAAAAUGUACGCAACAGCUAACAGUUGUUUAUAUUGAAUUGAAAAUCAACUUCAGUGAACAGCAAGACAUUUCCAGACGUCAUCAACAGAAUUUUUUAUUCAUUCGUCAAAGAAAUGAAAAGGAAACGACGACCAACUACGUCAAUACAAAGGAAGUAAUUUGUGAGAUCAAAGUAAAGUUUAGAAGAAACUCAGGUCAAGGAACUAUCGAAGUGAUAAAUUUAAACACGAUGGAUUGCUUCAUGAGAAUAUCUCAACUUCACAUUCAGCAAAAGGGAUUCAAUUUGUUCAAAUCUAUUUUAUCUGCACAUGUUUUAAAUAAGUUGGGGGGCACCUAA